AUGACCGUCCUGGAGCACAUGGCGCGUUUGCGCCUGGUUAGCUCAGCCGGUAGAGCACCACACUCCGGGUUUUUUUUUUGCCGCGGGUUCGUGCCCCGCAUUAGGCUCACGUCUUUUGCAGAAUUUAUUUCGGCUUGCACAACAUUUCUUUUCUGUAGAAAUGUUUUCCGUUUCAAAGACCAGCGAUUUGUGAUCAGUUGCGUGAAAUUCGAUGAGAAUUUCGUUAUCUUUUCACACAAAGUACUAUUGGAAACUACGUGUGUGUCUUAGUCACCAAUUGGUACAGGUUUCUUCAACAAAAAAUCGGUGAUUUUGCAAAUGAGGAAGUUCAAACGUGACAAAACACACUGCACAAGCAUGUCCCAACUCUCAGCGCACAGUUAAAGUUGUGGCGGUGGCCUAGAAACCUCCUAGGCCAUCGGAUCUUUCCGCAUAAAUUAACAGUCUGUCAACGUGUGCAAGAGUGUCAUAUAAUCAGCGGGGAAGAGUUUUCACACCCGACUUUUCUCGGCCACAACUUUAACGGCGCCACUGAGAGUUGGGACUCUCUGAAAAAACCCCGCCCACGUCUGCCUCAUGAAGAAUGCGUGUUCUUGUCUUCUUCUCCCUUUCUCUCCGAUUAGCCGCCCGAAAUAAAAUCCAAAUCGUAAUCAUCACAUUCCCAUUUCUUUCUCUCUCUCUCUCUCUCUCUCUUCCUCAUUUUCCCACCUAUGCUUCAUAUUCUUUCGAAAAUCGACAACUAUUAUUCAAAUACUAUCCGUCCACUAUUACUAUUUUCCGUAUUUUUGUGGGCGGUGAGUACUGUAGCCGCCGCCACUGCCGCCGCCGAUAAUUCAAAGUCGGCGCAAUCGCCGAAUCUGAAAUUGCUGGAGUGCUUCGAGUUCAAAAAGAAUUACUGGAUCGUCGGACACGCGUUUCACACCUCUUCUGUUCAGGUUCGUAUACUUUUGUGCGAUUCUCGUGUUUUCUAGAAUUCUCUAAAAAUUCCAUUCCAAAAAUCUUGAUCAGAACGCGGUGUAAGUGUCCAUUUUCUCGCCGCUAUCAUCAAUUCGUCAUUCAUUUUCGUUGGCGCGCCGAAAAUGAGGACGAUCAGAUGAUCCGGAGGGCGGCAGCAUUCCUUGAGAACGACUGUCGCCACACUGUUUUCUGAUGUCCGAACCCUAGAAAAAGUGUACGAAGACCGCUCGAAGACCGACUAUAAAUCACUCCGCUCUACUCGUAUUUGCGUCUUUUGAAAUGAGACAUUUUCGCGCUAGAAUGUCUGUUCUAAAAUUGGAUCGGUUCGACGACGACAUUACUACGAUUUGAUAAGAAGAAAAUGGAAGGGAAGACGGGCGAGAAUUGAUGAUUUCCUUUUGGAAAAAGUGUGUUGAAAUUUGAGAGAACAGUUUGACAAACGUUUGGAAGCGCUUAUUCUAUCCAUAUUGAGCUCCCCAAUACUCCUUAGAUGAUUUCAGUUCAAAGAUGAAUGCCUACGAAUGUGUCUCACUUCGUCGAUCCGAAAAGCCAAGUGUUUGUCAGCGAUGCAUGUGCCGAAUGACGACGAGUGUGUAAUAUCGGAUCAAAAUCAGGUACCUACAAUAUAAGAGGCGCUCUCCCAGUAAAUCGACAUUCUACAGACACUUUUACACCCGCAUGACUAGCUUCCAAACAAAAAUAGAGUUGACUCCGGGGUGUUUCAGCCGAAAAUACGUGAAAAUCGGGCUACUUUUGCAUAGCCUUUUUUUUCCAAAUUCUGAAAAAUCUGGGUUUAAAAAAUCUGGUUUUAUGAGACCGUUUUGAGACUUCUGAGCGUUGUUUUCAUGCAUUUCCAAUUUAUACAGUCUUUUUGGGACAGUUUGGAAAAUUUUUUUUUUAAAUUCGAAAAAAAAUCGAGGUCAAAAACCUCGACAAAAUUGAAAAAAUUCAUUUUAACCUAAACUGUCCCAAAAAGUGUUUAUAAAUUGGAAAUGCAUGAAAACAACGCUCAGAAGUCUCAAAACCCAGAUUUUUCAGAUUUUGGAAAAAAAGGCUAUGCAAAAGUACCCCGAUUUUCACGUAUUUUGGGCUGAAACACCCCGGAGUCAACUCUAUUUUUGUUUGGAAACUAGCCAUGCGGGUGUAAAAGUGUCUGUAGAAUCCGAAUUCAACGUUCUUUUUUGGGGAAAAAGUACAAAUAUUUUCCAGAAAAUCGAGUUUUUUCAAAAAAUUAUUGAAAACGACCACAAAUCAAUAUUUUUCUCUAUGAAUGAGGGGUGCUAAAUUUUUGGUCUCAACAUGAAAUAUGCUCAAAAAGAUGCGAAGAAUCGAAUGGCGUUGAGCCUGAGUUGAUAGGAUUUUUUUGAAAAAAGUUACAGUUUAGAGGCACUUAAGGCCAGUGCUCCGACCAGGGCUCGCGGAGCCGGGCCAAAUAUUAUUCUUGGGUGUCAGUGUCAUGGGAGAACCUCAUGGUUUAUCUGAAUUUUUGAGUUUCUCAUGAACUCUUCUAUUAUUAUCAUAUAGGUCACAAAACCCGAUUUAUUCAUCGAAAACGACACGCCCGGCUCGUUCACCGUCAACUUUUUCCGCAAUAUUUGCAUCGAUCCGCCCGAUGCUGAAGGUUAGCAACACUUUUACAGAACUUUCUCUCUCAACUGUAAAUCUAGGAGCGAACCGUUUCGAAGCACGUCUUCAAGGCUACAAAGGUGGCGAGGGAAUCAUCGAAUUCGCGCAGCAGGACGGAAAACGCACUCAAGUGAUGGUCGUCAUUUCGGGGCUCAAAGAGAAUGCGGUUCGUUUCAACAUUUCAAUGAGCUACGGGCCUAAAUUUAUUUUCUAAUUCUUAUAGGCAAAAGAUAUUUAAAUACAUAGCACGGUCUCCAGAGCUUACAAUGGGCGCGCAAGUGCGCCCCGCUCAAUAGAGCGAUACAUUGGCGCGAAAUUCAAAUUUUAACAGCAAAAUUUGUGUUUUUUACCAGAUUAGCCACGAAAAACCGAUAAUUUCUCAUUUGUCUCUCGAUAAACCGAUUAUAUAGGCUAUUACGAAUUUUUUAAGCAGAAGAGCGUUAAAUUUGGUCAAGUCGCAAAUCACAUUUAUCCGUUUGAACGUUUUUGGCUAAAACUGCGUGAAUUUCAGUUGCUUUUCGGUAGUUUUCGCGGUUCGAGCGCUCAAAAUGCUUGUAUUUACGGGAUUUAUCAUUCUCAAAACCAAUUCUGUCUGAAAACGGUCAAGAAAGCGCAAAAUGAGAAGUGCGGUUUUUAGGCGGCGAUCGGCGUCGAAGGCGAAACAGCAAAGUCCGCGAAAAAUGCGCAAAACGUCAUUAAUUCUGAGAAUUAGUGUGUUUUCAUGUCGAACAAUCAUUUUUCAUCGCCGUUGACCACAAAAAGGUCUGGUCUGAUAGCCUCAGGUCCUUUAAAAAUAGCCAAGGCCCCGUUUCCUUGAGCCAAAAUGCCAAUAAGGUCUCAAAAGUUGGCAAAGAUCCUAAAAAGACGCUACCCUUCUAAAUGUUCACGUUUUCCAGGAAUACGACGUAAACUUCACGACGCAAUCGAGCGAUAAAAACGGAAAAUGUCAAAGAUCGCAAAAGUUGGGCGGGAAAACGUUGUUGAGCGUGGAGACGGACCAUACCGGAAUGGCCGUUCAGCCGUGGACCGAAAUCGAUUUCGAGUUUUUCGAUGAACAAGUUUUGAGCAAGGUUUCGCUUCAAUUUCCGCUAUAAAACGUGAAAAAGACAUGUUUUCAGACGGUGAUCGUCGUCGAAAAGUCGACCGACUCAAUUGUGGAUUGUGGAGCGAUUCGUGUGGCUACCGUAUCCAAUAAUCCAAUUAUACUACAGAAAAAGUUCACUUGUAGAAGACAUUUCAAUGCAGGUCUCAUUGCUCCCCUCAUUCUUUCAAUUGUUCUGUUAUUGUUCUAG